AUUUGAUGUUUAAAAUUCUCAUUGACCGGUCAUCCAGCUAAGAAUCAUUUGUGCCAAUGCAAUACUCAUCCGUUGUGCUAAAUUCAAUCGUGCUUUCUGCUUUCAUUCUAGUCUCGCCCUUCCUCAAAUCAUUCCAAGUGUUUUCUCCAACUCCGUGAGUGCACGUCAUCGUUAAUAUUGUUUUGCUCUCGUUCUAGUUUUGUGUAAGCUCCAUGUUUAUGAAAAAUAAUUUCGGAAUCGAUACGUAUCCCUUGAAAAUUGCAAAAUGUCGACGGGAGACCCGGGUGCCGUCAGUGGACCGGGCGGUCAGGAGCCUAUUUCGAAUUUGCAGGAGACGAUGAAUAGACAACAGGAAAAAAUAUCUGCUCUUAAGGAAUUAGUUCGAAAAUCGGAAGCUGCUCACGGCAAAUCAACAACGUCUGCUCAAGAAAAGGUUAAAAACAUUGCAAAACGACUUAGUCACAUCAAGUCGAAAGCCCGUUCCCGGCAAAACCUCGAUUCAUCUUUGAGCGAACUAAAAGAUGAGCCGAUCUUUGAAGAAACUCCAGUCUCCUCGCCUGCCCCACAAAAAGCCCGGUCGGAAACACCGGGCAGUGAAAAAAUUCAAUUGCUUCGUCGUCAAGUUGAGGAAAGCAAGAUCAAAAUGGCAGAACGUGAAAACAGCAAACGAGAAAUUGAAGAACGAGUGACCCAGUUGAAAGCAAAAUUCGACAGCACCCAACAGAGCUUGGAACGUUCAUCGGAAUUGGGUAGGUCAAUGGGCGAUUUGAGUAUACUCAGCCCGGGGUCGGUGAAGGAAAAAUUCAAGUCAGCCACAGAUUUAUCAUUCACUCCAUUGAACUUAGACAAAGAGAAAAUCAAGUUCCUGGAGAAUCGAAUCAAAUUGUUGGAGAAGCAAAUCGAGAAACAAGGAAACACUAGUACUGUCUCUGAGCCAGAAGCAGUGACUACUUUAAAAAAUCGAAUCUUAGAUUUGGAGGAAAACCUUCGGGAGAAAGAAUGCAUUAUCGAAGCACGCACUCAAGCGGUCAGCUUGAUGAGUGAAAGUUUGUCGGCGAAGACGGCAACUACCGUCGAUACGCUGGAAGAAACCAGACUGGAAAUGCAAAAGAUGCAGCAAACUUUUGUGGAGUCCGAGAAUACGUUGCGCGAACAAAUUAGAUCCCUCCAGGAUGAAAUCGCGGAAAAAGACCUUAAAAUUCGAAACUUGGAAGAGGUAAAUGAUAUACUCGAGACUGCGAGGUUUGAACUAACUGUGAAAAAUGCCGAUUUGGAGAGUAAAUUGGAGGGAGUGCAGGAAUACACCAAACUCGAUGAGCUGAAUAAACUUAAUGAAACCCUCCAGCACAAAAUUACUACUUUGGAAGAACAACUUACAGAAAAGACGGUUGAGUGCAAUGUCCUCAAUGCCAAUUUCUCAGUCCUCCAAGAAAAACUGAAAUCCACUGCUCCAAAGUCUUUGUUUUCAAAUUCAGGGGAUGAAGAGGCUGGACUCGAAAUAAAAAAACUGAAAGAUCAAUUGGAUGAGGCAAACAAGAGCAUGAUCAAGAUCAAGUUGAAAUCGAAGCAGCUACAAAAGCAAGUUGAUAAAUUCAAGAAAAUGUCUGAUGCGAAUAGUGAAGUGAUUCGAUUGUCGGAUGAAAAUCAAGAGCUCCAAAUGAAGAUCGCAGAGUUGGAGGAGGAAAAGGGAAGUCUACAACUGAAGCUGCUAAGCGGUGGAAGUGAAAUCGAGAAAAUGGACGAAAGCGAACUUGCCAAAAAGAUUCAGGUACUGGAAACAACUUGCCAAAACCAAACUUCAGCCAUUCAGCUACUCGAAGAACAGAAAUUAGAACUUCAAACCACCAACCAGGAACUGGAGAGUCUUAGGGAUCAAAUUCAACAGACGGAAAGACAGAAAGAUGCUGAAGUGGCCUCCCAAAUCGAGUCGAUUGAAUUAGAGGAACGUGAAGACAAAUACAUCUUACAGACGAAUAAGCUCACUGCUGACUGCGAACAGCUGAGGAGCGAAAACCAGAAACUGCAAGAAGAAAUCCACAGGCUUGAAGAUGAAAAACAGGAGCUCCAAAAGAAAGUCGAUCAUUACAUUGCGGAAAAUAUCGAGCUCCUGGACAAAGUGGAAAAACUUAGCAAGUCGAGCUCUUCCGCGGAAUCAAUUGAGAUUGUAGAGCGUUUGACGCACCAAGAAAAACUUGAAAUGGAAGAGUUCAAUAAAAAGGUCUCUGCACAUGAAGAGUCUGAAGCGGAAGCACAUUCGAAAGAAAAAGCGGAUGAUCAACCUGAUACAGUCAUGGGGCAGGAGCUAAGUGACAGUCUAGUCAAGUUACGUGAGGAAAGUUCGGAACUCAUGCAUCGCAUCGAAUUGUUCACGAAAGAACGACGGGAAGUGUUGGGAAAAAUGGAAAUUUUGACUUCGGAAAAUCAGGAAUUACUAAAGCAAAUUGACGAACUGAAGGCGGAGAAAGCAACAGUUGAAGAUCUUUUGACGAAAACCAAGUUGGAAAUCGUCGUGUUGGAGGAUAAACUCGACACGACUACGUCGGAAAAAAUAGAGUUGCAAAAGGAAUUCGCGGAGAGUACAGAAUUGAAAGCGAAAUUGGAGGACGAACUAAAUGCUCUAUCACAAGCGAAACACGCUGCGUCGAAUAAGGCGUUUUAUCGCGAGACAAUUGAUCAGUGCAGCGAGAGUUUAUCCCAGAUGACAGCUGAGUUGGAGAACUAUCGAAAGUCGAAUGACAAAAGUACCCGUUUGAAUGCCUCGAAAAAGUUAGCUAAGGAAGCGAAAAAUGCUUGCCAACAGUUCAGUGAUUUGUUAGAGAAGCUACGAACGUCUGAAAAUAUAGGAAAGGAGGCCGAUGAGAGUGCGGUUGACGCAGAGCUGAAACGAAAGCUUGUGGAAUCCGAAGCCACAAUUGAAUCCCUCCAGGGAGAAUUAAAAGCAUCUAUAGAAAGUUUAGCCGUUAAAGACGCGCAAGUUGUAGAAAUUAAUAAAAAAUUGAAUUCGGCACUGGGAGACUUAACUGAAGGACGAUUACAGCACCAGACAGAACUAUCCGCUCUUGAAAACAUUCGCAAAGAACUGGAAGCUAAGUUAGGGGCUGCUGACAAUGAGAUCAACAUUCUAAAAACGUUAGUGGCUGAGCAGAAACAGCAACUGAUAGAAGCAUUUACCGAACACGAAAUCGAGCUCAAUGCUAAACUGGCUGAAAUCGAGAAAUAUGAAAAGCAAGUCAGUGGAUUGCAGUCGGAAUUGAAUUUACUGCAGAAUGAGAACGCAAAAUCUAACGAAACGUUCAAUGCUGAGUUGAAAGAAGAAAUAAAGAAGUUGGAGAACGCAUUGAGCGCUAACCAGAAACUGAUUGCCGAUCAGUCAGCGGAUCUGCAAAAUAAACAAGACACCAUCGAGACUUUGAAUGCCCAGAUCAUGGAACUCUAUAGAACAAUGGAGGAAAAUUCCGCCAAGGUAGCCGAGAAAGACGACGAAAUAACGUAUCUGCAAGAACUGCUCGAAGCAAACAAGACGGAGAAUGAAGCGCUUGCGAAAGAAAACGAGGAAAAUAAAAGUGUAAUAGAAAAACUUUUGUUGGAGCUGCAUGCAAAUAGGAGCAGCGGAGAGAAAACUGAAAUGCUGGCAGACCUAGAGAGGCAGAACGACUUGCUGGACGCCAAAGUUAAAACGCUGGAGAAGACCAACCUUGAAUUGGAAGCGAAAAACAAGGAACAGGUGGAAAAACUGAAAAAAUUCGCCGCAAAUUUGAAAAAGAAAUCGAUUCAUUGUACAGAAUUGGAGACAAAGCUGAAAGAAGUGAAUUCCUCGCCGCAAACUGCCUCUUCGUCUAUCGCGGAGCAAGAGGACUUGGUGAAGAACUUGCGAAAUGAAGUUCACCAAUAUCAAGCGCAAAUCAACGCUCUUCGUGCAGCAACCAUUCCUAAACAAGAAGCGGAUUCACUGAAGAAUGAAAUUACCAGUUUGAAGAAAGAACGAGACUCCGCCCUGGAACAAUGUAGAGCGCUUGCUUCGGAAUGUGAAAGCCUGAAGACUGAAGUGACACAAUACAAAUCGAAAGUGGAGUAUUUCGAGCGAAGCAUCAAUGAAGUGCAUGGUUUGGUAGAUGUACUUCACAAAGAUACAAAUAUGAAGGAAGACGAAAUCCAGAGAUUGCGGAAAGAGCUCGAACUAAGCCAAAACGAGUCGCGUCUUAGUCAGGAGAAGCUACACACCAUCAGCGAGGAGCUGAAAAGCAAAACGUUGAAAUUCGAGAAAAGCAAAUCUGUUAUUAAAGAGAAGAAUCGAGAAAUUCAUCGACUCACUGGCGAAUUAGAAGAUCUGCAGAAAAAAUCGACCGUUCCUGUCGCUGAGGUAACCAAGGAAGAUAACACUGAACUUUCCCAACUUCGGGAGGAAUAUCAAAAACUGGCUCAAACGUAUGAUAAUGAACGUGAGACGUUCCAACAAACGAUCACUCGCUUAGAGACUCUCUAUGACGGCAUUCAGGCGAAAUUCCAAGAGAAUACGGGCUACAUUGAAUCGCUAGAGACUGAAAAUAAUAACUACAAAGAGAAGAUAAUAAAAUUAGAAAACUGCAUAGCCGCCUUCGAAGAAAGACGACAAUCACUGGAAAGGAAGACGGACAUGCUCGACGCCCAGUUGCAGGAGAAAACGGAUGAAUAUGAAAGAAACGAAGACGCCUUAAUAUAUCGCCUCAACAUGCUCCUGGAUCACGAUGACGUUAUCGGGAAACGACUAAUAGAAGCACAAGAAGCGAAAGAAGAAUUGGCGGAGAAAAUGGAACACUUGUGCGGCGAGAAUGCAGAAUUACAACUGCAACUCUCGAAAGCUGAGAAAGACUUAGAUACAUACAAACAUGAACAUGUAGAUCGUUUAACAGCCGAGAAUGAGUCUCUUCAGGAGCAACUUGAAAAUGUACGAUCAGAAAUAAGCAGACAACAAAACAUCUACGAAGGUCGUCUGGCACAGAAACAUGCCGAAAUUGAUGAGCUAGAAAACGACCUCAGUGUUCAGCUUAGUAAUAUUAACCAAGAAAAACGUAAACUACAGGAAAGCCUGGAAAAAGCGCAGGAUGAAAUCAAUGAGCUGAAAGAUGAAAAUGUGAGACUGAAGGAGAGUGCCAACUCGCUGGAGCAAAUUAGAAGCGAUCUUGAACGAGAAAUGACGUGGGUCAGAAUGCAAAAUGAUAACAUGACGCAGGAUCAGUACGAAUUGCAAGAAAUGAGAAUGCAAGUGAUGCAGGAUAAAACGGAAAUCGAGAAUUUGAAACAUCAACUGGAAUCCGUCGUGCAAAGCCAUGAAAUUGAAAUGAAUGGCCUCCGCGAGCAAAUCAAGGAAUUGGAUUCUGUUCGAAUGCAAGUCGGUCAGAAUCAGACAGACGACCAAGUCUUCAUUGAAAAUGAGAACAAACGACUGAAAGAGCAAUUGACGGAGAAAGAAGCAGCCAUUGAAAACUACCAAAAAGAGAAUUUGAAGCUUCAAAUGGCUUCCAUGGUGGCAGGCUUGAGUGCACCGCCUGAUACUUUCCCAGCAGCGGCCCAGUCGGGCGACCUGACGGUCCUAGAAACAGCCAAUUCUGAGGCAAUGUUCAAAGAAAAAGUGAAAAGUCUAGAGGAGGAGGUAAACAAACUUCAGUCGCUUCUGGCUGAAAAGGAUCAAAUUUACAAUGCAAGCGUGCAAGACGUCCAGGUCCUGCAAGAGCAACUUGCAAAAUCGCAGCAAGAAUUAUCCGAACUACGAACUGAGUUGCAAAAGCCAAGUUUCACACAUUCCACUGCGCCUGCCGCACCACCGCCUAAUAAUUUCUUCGCGACCACAUCGGACUCGAACUCCAUUUUUGAUGAGUUAAUUACCGCACAUCAUGUAGGGGAACUGGGACAGGGAGCUGGUCAACCCGAUCAGAAGAAAAUUGAGGAUCUAGAACGAAACGUUUCAGAUUUAGAAAAGUACGCAAACGAAUUGGAAAAUAAACUUAAAAAUUUGACGGCUAUUCACGAAAAUACAUUGAUCCAGUUACAGGAUCAGGUACGUCGAUAUGACGAGGCUGUUAAAAGCUACGAAGAGCGGAUCAAAGAAUACGAAGAUAAACAAAAGGAGUUGGAAGUCCAGAAGAAUAUUGAAUCGAUGAUCGUUACUGAAAACUUGGCAACUGAACCAGUUCCAUCCUUGAAUUUAUUCUUUAAUAAUGCUCCACAACAGCCUGCAUCGGAGUUUGAUCGCUUAGUACAGGGCUCUGGCAAUGCUACGGCCGAGUCGAAUCCAGUUCCAGUGGUAGAAGAGGUUAUAGUUCCUAAGAAGGCCUAUUUACUUUAUCCAGAAGCAACGGAAGCAACAGCUAUCGAUACAGAAGAGGGCUGGGGCUGGGGUUCGGAAGAAGCCGCCUUAGAAGAGCGUCAUCAGAAUGAGAUGAUGCAGUCGAAAUCGAAUGAAAAUGCCCAAAUAUCAGAAUAUAAAAAUCGCAUUGACGAACUCGAAUUGGAGAGAAGUCGAUCUGAUGAAAGAGUGAUCGAGCUGCAAGUAAAAUGCGGUAAACUUAUGAAAAAGUUGAAAGAGUAUAAAUUAAGACUCGAUCAAGCCGAAUCGGAGAAGGCGUUCAGGAAAUCAACCUCAAUUGAUUCCAGUGAUUUAGACCUCGCCAUACAGGAUGAACUGAAGUCGCAAGUUAAGAGCCUGGAGGAGAAAGCGUCAGAAAUGAAGAAAUUACAGGAAAAAGAAUCCGCCGAAAAGCAAAACUUAUUGAAGCGGAUUGAUGUCCUUACCUCAGCGAACGAGCGAAUGACAGAGAUGAAGGAGCGCCAAGAUAUUGAAGUGGAGGGACUUCAAGUGAAAAUCAGGCAGCUAAGCCAGCAACUUAAACAACUGGAAGAAUGGGGUGAGCGAGAUGAUAGCAACCGCCAUCAAGUGGAAACUACUACGACCGCAACAACACAAACUGUUGAGCAUAAAGAAUUGCAAGUCAAACUAAAAACUACGCUUCAGGAACUGGAAGACUUGAAAGUUGACCGUGACGAGCUACAGGCACUUCUUGAUGAUGAGAGGGAAAAUGUGCGGAUUAGCGAAAAUAAAAUCAAGGAAUUGAAAGAAAAGCUGGAAACUGCGGAAACAACCGAACUUGUCUCAACUGCCACACAAAAUGAAGUAGAAAAACUGAAACUCGAUUUAGAAAACCAGCAAGUUCGUCUUUCCGAGAAGGAAGCAGAACUAAGCAAUGCCGCACAAAUGAACCAAAACUUCCAAUUCCAAUUAAACGACUACCAAGCAACAAUCGGCCAACUAUCAACUGAGUCGGAUUCCAUAAAAUCUCAGUUGGGAAAACUACAGAAUGAGUAUCUCGAGAAGGUAAAUGAAAACGCGCAGCUGUCAGAAGAUGUGAGAAUGUGGAUGGAAAAAUGCAACACAUUUGCCGAGGAAAUUGAAGCCUUGAAGGUCAACUCGGAGAUUAGAGCGGAGUCGUCGCAAACAAGCGACACGCUCGAGGAAAAAGUUCAAGAUCUUACAUCGCAAGUACAAUACAAAGAGGCAGAAAUCUUGCAUCUGAAACAGAAGGUGCAAGAUUUGAUGCAAGAAGAUCAGACUCAAUUAUUAGUACAAGAGAUACUCACAAAGAACCAGGAAAUUGUUCAGCUUAGGAUGCAAGUUCAACAACUCGAGUCAGAUAAAGUUGAAUUGGAAAAUAAUUUGUCGAAGCAGUUAACGGAAGAAAUGGCUCAGAGAUCCACAAGAAGCACGGAUGACUCUCAAGAAAAGAUAAAAGUGUUAGAAAAAGAGCUAGAAGACAUGAAGCAAGAGAAACAACAAAUGGAAACUGAGCUGCAAGUUCUAAAUAAUCACGUUAUGAAUAGUUUGGCGAAUGAGGACAGAAUGAAGGAAAUACUUCUGGAACUCGACACGAAAAAUCUAGAACUGACUGAACUGAAAAGCACCUUGGAAACGAUGAAGCAGCAGCAAAUAACAACCGAAGGAACCUCAACCAAGACACAGCCAGAUGCUGAUGUAGAAGCUCGAAUUGCUGAAGUGAAUAGGGUCUGGGAGCAAACAGUUGAACAAAAGUGUUCCGAAAUUGCAGAGAGUUGGCGCCAAUAUAUGGAUCAACGGGAAACUGAAUUCAAGCAGCUUGAAAAUAACCUCAACUUACAAAUUGAACAGCUACGAGCAGGGAUUGUAGUGCCUAAACCUAAAACUCCGGAAGAAAUUGAGCUGGAGUCUGAGACAGUAGACUCCGAGACGCUACAGAAAAUGAGGAGCGUCAUGGAACAGCAAGAGCUCGAAAUUGUCACAUUGAAAGAACAGUUGGCAAUGCGUAGUGCAGAAUAUGCAAGAUUAGCAGCUAGACACGAUCCCUACGCUUUAUCGACAUCUUCGAAUCUCUCGUUCGAGCCGAGAACGCAACGAAAAUUAUCGACGAGCAGCAGUGGAAUGACUGCUGGAAGCGAUCAACCUGGGGUGGUCCCUAAAUCCGAACUCGACCUGGCGCUGUACAUGCUACAUCAGCGGGAUAUGCGUUGUGAAGAGUUAACUUUGGAAUUGGUGAGUUUAUUGGAGGAACGAGAUACGCUUCAGCUGAAGCUUUCCAAUUCUUUGAGGCAAAUCGAGGAGAUCAAACAGAAAUCUAGUUAUCUAGAAUCUGGCUCGGAAAGCGAUCAGGCUUCAUCGAACGCAAAUAGUCCCGAAAAAUCGACGAAGCCUAAGCCGGUAGGUGGAGCGGAGACUGACCAGCAAAGUGAUAACUUGAACUCAAAGAUCUCACAGUUGCAGUCAGUAGGGUAUGCCAAAGAUAAACGAAUUAGAGAAGAACGCGAGCAACGACAAAGACAAAUGGAGAAGAUACAACAAGAUGUGGCCAACAUUCCUAGCGAGGCUGUUUCAGAGUUAGUUGGCAGCAACUUGUCAAAUACGGUGCAAAGUCCUUCCAAUGUUCUCCUAGAUUGGCUGUGGGGUAAAAACAAUUCCCAACAGAGCUAAUGAUUGCUUUGCAGUCAGUGGCAUGGACACCUCUAAUUUUCCGGACGUGUUUUGGUACGUUUUCUCGCCGUAAAGAGGAGAUCAAACGAUUUUUGUUGGUUAAAACCGGAGGAAACAUGUUGAUAUCGCAUCUUUUGUAAUUUAUUUGUAAUUAGUGAACGUGUACAUAGUUAUCGCAACGUUGAUGGAAAUAUAAAGAUUUUAUUAGUGACAAGAGAAA